UGUUUAAUGCAGCUCGGAAGGACACAGAAUGCUAAACUGCAGUUACAAAUGCAUAAAUAAUGUUUUGAUAUUUGAAACACAAAACAUUGAAAACUGAUGUUUGAAAUUAUUUUUUAAAAAUGAAGAUACUUUAAAUGUGAAAUUAAAGCGGCCAAUAGGUGGCAGUAAGUCAAUGUUAAUAAGUGAGUCAUUGCGAUUGAACCGAAUCAUUUAAACGGUUGAUUCAUUCAGGAACAAAUCACCUUCAUGCUGCUCAGAGACGCAAAUCAGUUCUGUGGCUGUGUUUGGAAUUAUUUUUGUUGGAGAAAUAGAGCAAAAGCAGGAAAUAUGGUGUCUAAAACGUGUCGCGUUUGGCUGAAAUAUAACGGUUUUCCCAGUAAAGACAUGUGGAUAAACACAUCCAAAAUGGAUAAUAGGCUCACAGACACACAACAUACAUACACACAUACACUGACAUUAAAUGAUUUAACUAGUAUAUUAAUACUCUAUAAGCAUAUUUACACACACACACACACACAGACAUACAUGCACACACAUUUUGUUGCAGAGAUAUAUAUUUGAAAUAAAUUAUAAGUGACAAUACUUAUUGCAAGUCUUCUCUUUUUAAGAGUUCAUGUCAUUUUCAGGUUUUACUGUAAUCAUAAUCUGGCAUAAUUGUAAAAACUGAUAUGUCUCUAUGAACAAAAUGGUCAACUUUGACUAAAUGUGAUUUCAAAUGUUAUAACAUUGAUUUUAUAAUAUCUAAGCAUGAAUCUAUCAAACCUAUGAACAGUACUGUUUAAGUUAUUUCAGUGGUUCUCAAACCUCUCCAUGAAGUACCCCCAGCACUGCACAUUUUGUAUGUCUCUCUAUAUUUGAUAAACCCACUUCAGGUCUUGUAGUCUCCACUAAUGAGUUGAUGAGUUGAAUCAGGUGUGAAAGAUUAGGGAGACAUACAAAAUGUGCAGGGCUGGGGGUACUAGGACAGGUUUGAGCAUAGAUAUAUAUAUAAACACUAGAUCUCUUAAGGCGGAGUCACUUCCGGCAUCAUAGGGCGGCCAUCUUGCCACAGGGAAGCUUUCUGGCAAGUUCUGAGGUAUCUGAGGAUUAUUAGAGAAGAUGCCAGACUUUUGUGCAGCCUACGGAUGCUCCAAUGAACGCGGUAUCGAAACGAGAGCCCGUGGGAUCACCUUUCACCUGUUUCCCAAAACUGGACAGAUAAGGAGGCAAUGGGAACUUGCCCUGAGAAGGGACGGAUUUGUUGCCUCUAAGAGGACACUGCUCUGCAGUGAACACUUCAGGAGCGAGGACUUUGACAGGACGGGGCAGACUGUCCGGCUUAAAGGUGGUGUUGUGCCAAGUAUUUUCGAUUUUCCAGCUCAUCUUCAAAGGCUGGUGGCAACAAGAAGCACAACCACCUCUAGAAGAGCGGAAGACAACCUGCCAAUGGACUUGUCUCAGGAUGUACCUCAACCUGAUGUUGGAGAGAGGAGUUUGAACCGCAAGCGGCAGGCCACUGACCACUUGUAUUCAUUGCCUGCUUGCCCUAAGGCUAUAAAGGCCAAACUUGAAAAAGCCUCGGUGAGAGUGAGGAAACUGCAGCGGGAGAAGAGUAAUGCCUUGAGGAGAGAAAAGAGGGCCAAGAUGAACAUGCAGGCUCUUCUGGAAGAACUGAAGGAGAAAAAUCUCAUCAACGAAGAGCUGAAAGACAACCUUGAAUGCUACUCAGAUCUUCCGGUUCAUCUCCUGUCAAGGCAGGGUGUAGAGUACACCAAGGCCCAGAGAGAUUUUGCCCUUACGCUCCAUCUGCAUGGUCCAAAGGCAUAUCAUUACCUGAGAGAUACCUUGCAUAUUCACUUGCCACAUCCCAGUUCAUUGCAAAGGUGGCUGAGCUCUCUUGAUGCCAGACCUGGUCUCAAUAAAAUGAUGUUGGACAUGCUGGAAAGACGGUGUCAGGAAGAUGAGGUCAAGUACGGAUGUGUCACUCUGAUGCUGGAUGCCAUGUCCAUCAAAAAUCACGUCCAGUAUGAUCCUCAGACACAAACCAUGUUCGGAUAUGUGGACAUGGGGGAUCGAUUAAAUGAGACUGACGUGGCUUCCGAAGUUCUUGUGUUUAUGGUGGUUGGGCUUCAAGGUUAUUGGAAAGCUCCAAUUGCAUCUCAGUAUGUGCACUCAACUAAUUUUUUUUAAAACUUUUUUUAUGAUGUUUGUUGUAUCUUGUAGCACUAGUGUGCACUUCAUUUCUCCUUAACUCAAUCAAGGUCUCCCUGGCUGCUCAGACUUUGAGUAGCUCUGUGGCAGUGGUUGCUCCGUACAUUGCAAGAGUUGGGCUUUGCAGAGUUCAACGAUUGUGAGGCUACUUCAGAAUUCAUUGAGGUAAUGCAGCUAGGGAUUUGCAUUAUUGACGAAAAUCAUUUCCAACAUUUGAGUGAUUAUUUGCUUUAACCCCUUUAACAUUAAAAUGUUAAAAUGUGAAUGCCACCAGGAUUAACCCUUUAUCUUUUUUUCAAUUUGGGCAAUCAGGAAUUAUUCAACAGUAUGCAAGAACUUGGAUAAAACUGUUUAUACCUACUAGAUUCUUGCCUUAGAAGCACCCUUAUUGUCACAUCUCAAAUUUUCAGGUUUAAAGCAGUGCAGCAAUUUCAUUUUAAAAAGCAUAGCCACAGAGGAAAUGGAGAGAAAUCAACCUUUGUCUCAUACUUGGUGUUUACUAUCUGAUACCUGUUGACACUGUUAUAGUGAUGAUUUAAAUGCUUCCAGUUAAUUUAGAUAUUUGUUUAUAGAUGACAGACAGGCUGUUUGACAUCUUGAACAGUCGCAAUCCCAGAGCCAAAGUGUUCAAAGCUCCCCUUGGUUCUAGGAAUUGGACAAGCACCAGGGAGUUCUUGUCAAAAGCCAGGGGGCACUUGCUCACUUUGAAGAUGGAAGAUGGCAAACCCCUUUACCGAACAAAGAGGUCUUUUAAAAUAGUGACUGUUGUAUUAGUGAUGCAGUGACACCAUUUGUAGUUGCCAAUACUCAGUACAAAUUCUUUAUUAUAAUUAAUCAGAAUGAGACUGCUGAUUUAUAAAACAUAGGUUUAUUUUAUUCUUUGUUAGAUGUAUACAAGUAGUCAAUUUACAAAUCUUUAAAUUAUCUAAGGUAAAACUCCCUCAAGUUCAUGAUAUAAGUUCAUAAGAUGCUCUGUUCUCUUUGUUUAUCUAUUUUCUGCAUCGAGUUCAGAUGCGCUGUCCUCCUAUCUGCAUCAAGUUCAUAAGAUGCUCUUUCCUGUAAGAUGUUCGGUUCUGUCUGCAUCGAGUUCAUAAGAUGCUCUUUUCUGUCUACGCCAAGUUCAUGGUGUGGUACGUAUUAUUAUGAUACUCCCUUGCUCCAAUUUGUUUGCUGUCUGCAAAUUUGUUUCAGUUCCAAUUCUCUUGUAUUCAGUUUUUUUUCUCCCCAGAUGCCGGUGUCAAAAUGGUAUGUAUUGGAUGUUCUGCAUGUUAUGUUGUCAAUUGAUUCAAGUAGGUUUAGUGUCCUAAAAGUAAUUUUAAGGAUCCUAAACCUCACACUGAUUAUACUUGUAAGGGCAGGGAUGCAAACUAGUCAGCUUUACUAGUCACCCUAUACCAUUAGUUUGCAUUCCUGUUUUGGCAGGAUCAUCAUAGUAAUACAGUAUCUGCUUUUGAAGGUUCCUCUCUGUCCUGGGCUUUAUCAUAAACAUUGACACUUUGAUGUCGAUGGUUCCUGUGCUGCUUGAAGGACAGCAAUAUGUCCUAACCUACAGGUUGAGCCAGGACCACUUGGAGCUUCUCUUCAACUCCAUCAGAGCAUCUGGUGGCUGGAAUAACAACCCUAAUGGGGAAGUUGUGGCCUAAUGGUUAGAGAGUCGGACUCGUAAUCCAAAGGUUGCGAGUUCGAGUCUCGGGCCGGCAGGAAUUGUAGGUGGGGGGAGUGAAUGUCCAGCGCUCUCUCCACCCUCAAUACCACGACUGAGGUGCCCUUGAGCAAGGCACCGAACCCCGGGCGCCGCAGCAUAAAUGGCUGCCCACUGCUCCGGUACAUCUUCAGGAAGCUGAUGGCCCGGUGUGGGGUUGUUAAACCAUGCAGAGGCAAUGUGACGGCGCAGGAUGACACAGAGUCCCUACCAGCUGUCAUCGACACCACCUCUACAAGCCUGUCAACUGUAGAAAUGUCCUCUGCAGCAGGAGAAGAAGAUCUUCCGUCCCCGUUUGCAGACAUUCCUGCCCUUGUACAUGACCACAGCUACCUUCCUGUCCGCUUCGAUGGUCUUGUGGACAACGCUCUAGUGUACAUUUCAGGAUUUGUUGUGCGACGGGCUCUGAAGAAGCUGUCCUGCGAUGUCUGCCGUGCCAGCCUGGUGACACAUGCUUCAUCUGCCAUCAAGGACCAGAGCUACCACCUGCUUGCUUUAAAAAACAAUGGAGGUCUGGUGAUUCCUUCAGAGGGAACCGUGAAGGUUGUCAGGGCAGCAGAGUGGGUCAUUCGGCAGGCAUCAGGCAGUACCAAACGAUCACAGCCCAUCAAACUGCUUGAGGUCGUUUACAUUGUCCGAAAAAGGAUCGGUCUAGAGGAUGUGUUUGUGCUAGGGGAGCACAUUGGCGAGACACAGUAUGGGAUAGACAGCCACCACCAUAUGCUUUUAAAAUUAAUUGUGUCCCUGUUUUUGAAGCUAAGGCUGCACCAUAUCGCCAAAGUUACAAACCUCAGAUUGCAGAGCAACAACAUGC